UCCCCUGCCACGCUCUGCACACCCUGGCCUUUCUACGACACCUUUGACCCUCCAUUCCUUCCUCUGUCUUCGUCUUUAUGCAAGUAGUGAAGUGCUCUUGAUGUCAUAGGCCUACAAUCAAAUCACGUUCUCAGUUUCUCGGUAUAUCUCCGCGAGACGAUGCUUCGAGAGCCCUGAGCUUCCUGCGAUCCUCUCCUUUACGAGCCAGCCUUGUCCACCAUGCGCACCUCGACUCUGCCCUGGAGACUCGCUACCUGCGGACUCGUGUCUGUGGCUGUAUUGUCUAGGCUUGUGAAUGCCUCUUCUUCAAUCAAUGUUGCUCUUGAGACCUCAUUUUCCGCUGCACCAUACUUGGUCGAGCUGCUGGAGACUGCCGCCCUCGAGAAUUCCUCCUCGUACUUCCCUCUCCUCGAUCGCGUGGCCGAUGGCACCUUUGUCGAUUUGCAAACGGAACAAGAGCUGUACAAUAAGUUCAUAGACGUGUUACAACAUGAUGGCCACCUUUCCAAUUCCGAGGCCCUGUCCUCUUUCAAGUUCGCCCUGGCUCUUCAUGCUGCUGCUCCGCGGGUCGAAGCUCAUUUCCAAUAUUACAAUGCUUCUGUUCGACCACAUCUGAUGGCGGCGCAGGACGCUGCUUGUCCCGUCUGGGUCUAUUUGGACGGCCAACAAUACUGUUCGCCUGCUCUGGAUCGUGCCCAGCAGGCAAUCUCCUUGCCUGGUGCAGAUGAAGUACUGCCUUUCGACCGGGUCCUGGGGUCAUCCGGUGAAGGACCGUCAUCCAUCCUUUAUGCCGAUAUCACACAUCCAUUCUUCGGCCAGUUUCACAAUAUUGUGAGCCAGACAGCCAGCGACGGACGAUCAAACUAUAGAUUGCGGUACCGCCCUUCGAGCCUCUCCGCCAGCAAGCCUCUUUACGUCAGUGGUUACGGUGUUGAGCUGGUUCUCAAGAGGACAGACUACAUUGUGAUUGAUGAUCGAGACGCCCUGAAGACGGAGGCAGCCGGUGUUGAGCAAAUCUCCUUGCAACAAGUCGAGAACGACGACAUCACAGAUCUAAAGCCGUUGACCAGCUCCGAGGUAGUCAAUCUGGGCCUAAACGCCGCCAGCUUCAUUGCAUCAAGCUCGGAUCCCUUUGAGAGUCUUCUGCAAUUAUCAUCCGAUUUUCCUCGAUAUUCGUCAGUUCUUGCUUCCGCCAAUGCUAGCAACGACUUUUUGGCGGAACACCGAAGAAAUCGAGAACAGUUUUUACCAUCGGGAUACAAUGUGUUCUGGAUUAAUGGAGUUCAGAUCGAGCCUCGGCAUAUCAAUGCAUACUCCCUGCUUGAACAUUUACGACGAGAAAGGCAUAUCAUCGGCGAUCUCCAAAAGAUUGGACUAACAUCUUCCGAGGCUAUCAGUCUCAUCUCCAGCGAGGUCAUCGCCGAAACACAGGCCAACGAGUCACCUCAGCGGUUCGACUGGCGCGAUGACGAUGAGGCCGACAAUGUAUUGAUGUGGUUGAAUGAUCUUGAGCAUGAUAAACGCUACGCUUCUUGGCCUUCAGAUCUGCGGACAUUGUUUCAACGAGUCUACCCUGGGCAAUUGCCUCAAGUCGCCCGUGACAUCCACAACUUGAUCGUCCCAAUUGACAUGGCGGAUAUCAAAGAUAUCGAACUUGUUACAACAGCUCUGCAGAAUCUCGUCAGAAGAGCUGUGCCGAUCAGGAUCGGGUUAGUCCCAACUGGCUCUGGCGAGAUAGCUAAUCUCUACUCCCGGUUGUCGUACCAUAUCUUGGAUACUUACGGUUUGAGCACACUGAUGAGCUUCUUCACCCAAGUCGUUUCCAGCAAGAAGCUGCAAGCAAACCCGGAGAAAGCUUUUAUGACAGUUAUUAAAGGCCUCGUUCCCCGCGAAGGCAAAGAAGAGUUGUCGUACGAAGAUGUUCUGAAAGCUGUUCAUCUGCAUCAACGACUCAAAGCACGAGACAACUAUGUUGAACGCUUGGCUCUGGGGAGUUCGAAUCACCCUUUCAUUGUCAACGGAGUCGUCUUGCCACGCAGUGACAAUUGGUUCGAGGUCCUAAGCUCACGGGUGUUCUCGGAUCAUCAAUUGUUGCAACAAGCUGUAUAUGAGGGAGCAGUUGCAGAAGAUGACUGGAUACCAAGAGUCUUCCUCUUUCAAGCUGCUAUCCGGCGAAACGAACUGGUCUUCCCAAGUGAUCCCAAGAAUGUCCAGAUCGUCGAUUUGAGUCGCUUGACUAGGGAAUACGCGAACGAAUUUGCCUCGAUACCGCGAAUCCGUGGGGCCGAUGCAACUCUUCUGAGCGAUCGGGCUCAUGUACUUGUGGUCACAGACGUGGAUACCGAAAGCGGCCGAUCAUUUCUCACUCAGGCACUCCAGUUCCAGAAAAGACACCCAGAAUCCGAUCUGCUGAUUCUACAUAAUCCACCUUCCAAGGCAGGAUCCCAUGGACUGGCUGCUGCAUUGUCCGUCUUGACGCAGGACAAUAAUGAUUUCACGCUCGAGCAAGUACAGCAGCUGCUUGAAGCUGAGACCACUUCUUUAGAUCAAGACGAAGCUGCUAGUGAAUUCUGGGCUUCAUACGAACCACUGAUCAAGGACCUAGGAAUGGCUCUAGGCGAAACCGGCUUGUGGUUGAAUGGACGCGUCAUUGCGCCAGUAGACGGGUUCCUCACUGUAGCUGACCUUGAGUCCCUGCUCGAUUACGAGCGCAGAGAGCGGAUUGCUCCUGUGACGACCGCGAUCACUGUACUGGGGCUUGAAGACCAAUUUGGCGACGCAUUAGAUGUUGCGAAAGUCACCUCCCUGGUCGCAAGGUCACUCAAAUCUGAUCUACCCGAAGGUCUCAGAGAGUCAGCACCGCUCAUCAGAAUGGAUCGAUUCAAGAUUUGGAACGAAGCCUACACGUCUUUCCAGGUCUCCAACUCCGAGAAUCCCACGAUACAAGUCGUUGCUGUUGUCGACCCAGCGUCCGAAACCGUGCAGCAAUGGGUUCCCAUACUGAAGACGUUGUCGCAGCUCAGCGGCGUCAGCGUCAAGGUCUUCCUCAACCCUAAAGACAGAAUGACUGAAUUACCCGUGAAGCGGUUCUUUCGCCAGGUCAUCAGUGCCGAACCCACAUUUGGCCCUGACGGUUCAUUACAGAAGCCAACAGCAUCUUUCCAGCGGAUCCCCAGGGAUACCCUUUUCAACCUCGGCAUGAUAGUUCCUCCUUCCUGGCUAGUCGCCCCCAAGGAGUGUAUCUACGACCUUGACAACAUCAAACUGAGCAGUCUGGGUGAAGAGGAGAACAUCGAAGCCUUGUAUGAGCUGGAACAUAUCUUGAUCGAAGGUCAUGCACGCGACGUCACCGCCGGACCUCCGCCACGUGGAGUGCAGCUGCUCCUGGGUACGGAACAGGAGCCGCAUUUCACGGACACCAUCAUCAUGGCGAAUCUCGGUUAUUUUCAAUUCAAGGCGAAUCCUGGCUUCUGGCACAUCUCGUUGAAGCCCGGUAGAUCUUCGAAGAUUUUUCAUAUCGACAGCGUAGGCCCAAAAGGGUAUGCCGCACAACCAGGUGAUGAGACCACAAGUGUCGCCCUUCUUUCAUUCCAAGGGGCAACCCUGUUUCCCCGAUUGUCUCGGAGACCUGGAAUGGAGGAAGAGGACGUGCUGGAGUCGUCAGGGGGAGCACUGGACUACCUCAACAAAGGGGCAUCAUACGCGUCAUCGGCACUCUCUUCUCUUGGUUUCAAGAAGACGACUUCAACAAACGCUGAUAUUAAUAUCUUUUCUGUUGCUUCUGGCCACCUUUACGAACGCAUGCUCAACAUCAUGAUGGUUUCGGUCAUGAAGCAUACAAAGCAUUCGGUCAAAUUCUGGUUCAUUGAGCAGUUCUUGUCACCCUCAUUCAAAUCUACUCUGCCAAAUCUUGCAAAGCACUAUGGUUUUGAAUACGAGAUGGUUACAUACAAGUGGCCACACUGGCUUCGGGGUCAGAAGGAGAAACAGCGUGAGAUCUGGGGCUACAAGAUCCUGUUCCUAGACGUGCUGUUUCCUCUCGACCUCGACAAGGUCAUCUUCGUGGAUGCUGACCAGAUCGUUCGUGUCGACAUGAUGGAACUAAACAAGGUCGACCUGAAAGGAGCUCCGUACGGCUUCACGCCCAUGUGUGACUCGCGGACAGAAAUGGAAGGGUUCCGCUUCUGGAAACAAGGUUACUGGGAGACGUACCUUCGUGGCAAGCCUUAUCAUAUCUCGGCGCUUUACGUGGUCGAUCUGAAACAAUUCCGUCAACUGGCGGCUGGUGAUCGUCUGAGGCAGCAAUAUCAAGCGCUUUCAUCUGAUCCGAACAGUCUCAGCAAUCUGGACCAAGAUCUGCCGAAUCACAUGCAGCAUGUACUACCCAUCCACAGCUUGAGCCAGGAGUGGCUGUGGUGCGAGACGUGGUGUAGUGAUGAAAGCUUGAGCGUCGCGAAGACCAUCGACUUGUGCAACAAUCCGUUGACGAAGGAGCCGAAAUUGGACAGGGCGAGAAGGCAGGUCCCUGAGUGGACUGAAUAUGAUGAGGAGAUCGCCACAGUGCUCAAGGAGGCUAGUAGCAAGGACAACCAGCAGCCUGAAGUGGAGCACGUCGCAGAGGAGGUUGUGGCCGAUGAAAGGAAGAGGGAUGAGUUAUGAUAAAAGGAUGAAGCGCUCAUUUAAAGACAAGGAGAUAGAUAGACUGACUGUACGGGUACAAACGUCAUUAGACUGCAGGCGAAACCGAAUGUACCUCGCUGCAGCCUGGGUGGCAGCUGCAGCAUGAUGCAGCUUUCGGGCAAGUCCGCCAGGCAAGGGUCAAUCGAGCGGAGAUCGUCAACCUCAGUUCUCUCUUCUCACACCCCAUGGCAUAACAUGAAGUGGC